AUGAAGCAAGUGCCACCGGAUAUUGUAGAUAUGUCCGUUCAUCUCCACAAAAUCUCCCUCCAAGGUAAACUAGAUAAGGAUUGGGUGCAAGAGCAUGCUGUCUACAUUGACCGAUGGGCCCAUAGAGAGGAACAUAUUGCUGAUGCACCGGCAUUGGAUGGGGACACGACAUACCUUGCUGCUUACAUGGAGUCGUACCGAAAGACGACGAGACGGUACAUUACACGCGACUCGGCGUAUUGGGAAAUAAUGGUUGAGUCCACUGUGGAAUUACUAUUGCAAUGCGAACCAAACUCCGCAGUGUACAACCACCUGAAGAGGACGCUGGAUCUUGUCGGAGAGAUGAGCCGAGCGGCAUUGGAGAAUGCGCGUGCCACGGUGACUGAGGCGAGCACACAGGCCACAGGCCGUGGUGGGGGAGGUCGUGGGUCUAGAGGGCGUGGACACAGUGGAGGUCGUGCAUACAGUGGAGGUCGUGGACGUGGUCACGAGGAUGACGAUGUCUUGGAUGAUGAGGCGUUGGAGGGCGACUGGGGCAUGUACAUGGAUGGUGUCGGGUCAUCGCGAUGCACGUCUGACGCUGCUGCCCAGCCAUCCCACCCCCCUGGCCAUGAGAAUAGUGCAGAACACACAUCCUGUGCCCAAGCUGGCCCUCGGUCCCCACCACCCACUCGGCUGUCUCCCCCAUUGUUUGCCGACUCUGCCCACGACGGUGGCUGUAUAUUUGUACCCACCCCUGGCCGACCGACACCACCUGUAGUUCAAGCUGAGCCCACCCAGGACCCUUCACUUCCUAACCCUGAUGAACCGGCUGCACAAAUCGAACAGAUACAGGGUGAGAAUAUAGUGCCGGUACAUGGGUUGCGAAGAUCACUUCGCACUGACAUACAUCCCCCUGGUUGUGGGACCGGCGACGGUAAGACGAGACCGGCGAAGGCAAUUGUGAGGAAACGAAAAGAUCGUUGAGCCGUUGAUGAUGUGGAGCUUAUGGGGG